AUGUGUCUUGUCAAAAUCGGAAUCCUUCUUCAAUACCGACGAGUCUUUGCCAUACCGGUCUUACAGGCGUUAACAUUCUACGGACUCGUCAUCAUGGUCGCAUGGACCAUCACGAUCGCUUUCCUCAAUACUCUCAUUUGUGUACCCGUCGCCAAGUUCUGGAACUCAACCCUAGAUGGCCAUUGCACCGACCCUUUGACGGUCUGGUACGUCAUGGCUGGCUUCAACCUCGUCUCAGAUAUCACUGUUUUCUGCAUGCCGUUACCAGUCAUCGGAAGCUUGAACCUUCCGAAGAAACAAAAGAUUAUGCUGUUGGCCAUCUUCAGCAUUGGCUUCCUGACUUGCAUCAUCUCAAUUAUUCGCAUUCGAACACUCAAGACAGCUGCUUCAACAAAAGAUCCCAACUGGGAUAACGUCGACGCCGCGAUAUGGUCAUUCCUCGAAGUCACCCUGGCUAUUAUUUCCUCAUGCCUACCUACCCUCCGACCACUAUUCUCCAAGAUCAUGCCCAGGCUCUUUGCGUCCUCAUUCGGCCGAAGCAGCAACCGUGUAUCACAGUACGGCUAUACUCGAACACGCAGCAGUCAAAAUCUGCGUAGUAUGUCUCGAAGGCGAACUCAAGAGAUCAGCCAUGACUCAAUGGAGGAUACAUCCACCUUGCGAAAAGAUGAAGUACCUCUUCCAUCAAUUACCAAACACUACCGAACAUACCCUGGUGUCAGUGUUAGUAUUAAGGCUGAGCAGGGACAGAACGGUGGUGAGGCAACGUUGCAGAGUCCAAUUAAGCCAAGCUCGCCGAGUCGGGGUAUCAAAGCCACUACUGUCGUCACACAAGAAAUCGUGGUGGAGAGACGCCCAGACGAUGAAUGGAGCCACGGCAGACCUAGUGACAGCGAUGCAACUCUCUGA